AUGGCGACGGCGGCGGCGAGGUCCCCGUCCCCGGGCCAGGCGAGGCCCUGCUCCGCCAUGAGGAGGAGCGCCGACUCCUGCCCCUUCAAGCCCGCAGAUUGUCCGCACAGGACCGCCUCCAUCUCCAAGGGCGGCGCCGUGUGCGGCUGCCACGCCUCGCCGCGCCGGCGGUCCUUCGGGGAGAAGGAGAACGACCAGCAGCGGGACGCCGCCGCGGCCAGGACCACCUCCAAGCCCGCGCGCGCCUCGGGCCCGAAGAACUUCAUGUCGCCCACCAUCUCCGCCGCGUCCAAGGCCGUCGCGGCGGCCUCCUCCCCGUCGCCGAGGAAGAGGGUGCUCGGGGAGCGGAACGAGGACGCGCACCUCUUCGCCCCGUUUUCCCCCGCCAACCUCGCCCACAAGCCCAAGGCAACACCACCGCCCGAGGCGGGCUCCGCGCGCCGCCUCCGCCUCUCCUUCGACGGGCCGCCUCCCGCGGCCGCCGCCUCGUUCGGUGAAGAGGACGCGGGGAUGGAGAACCACCACCACCACGCGAUUGCGGCGGCCGAAUCGGUGGACGCGGCGGAGCCGUCCCGCGCGGCGCUGUACGACCCCAAGACCAACUACACCUCGCCGAGGCCCCGGUUCCUGCACUACAGGCCCAACCCCCGCAUCGACAUGUACAGGCACGGAGGCAGCGCCGCCAGGCGGCUCGACGAGGGCUUGGCCUCCUCCGAGAGCAGCGAGGAAUCCCUCGCCACCACCACGGACGAUGACCUGGCGGAGGAGGAACAAGAGCAAGCGCAGCAGCUAGGACCAGAGGAGCCAUCAGCUCUGGCGGCUGCUCCAUCUGAGGCCGAAGAGGCGGCUGCUGUUCCCGCCGCCGUGUCCUGCGUCCUCCCACAGGAACCAGCGCCGGGUUCACCGCGUGCCCCCGUGCUGACAUCUGAGCCCGCGCCUGCGGCGGCCACGUCCCCGCCGGCUCGCGUCCUGGCAACGGAGCCUCGGGCGACUUCUCCGCCAGCUCGUGCGCUGACGCCAGAGCCGAAGCCUGGGGUGAGCUCCGCGCGAGCUCCAGAGAAGAAGAAGAGAUCUAUGCUGAGGUUCAUGUUUCCUCUUGCUCUGAUUCUGCUCGUGGCUGCUGCCUUCGCGAGCGUGUCGUUGCCGCCAGAUUCUCCGAUCAUGGCAAACCCCGCCGUGUCGAAGGUGUCGAGCUUUCUUUCAGUUCAAGAAUUGCAUCCUGUGGAGUUGGCUGCUUGGCUCAAGCAAUGGUCAAGCAGUUCGUUGGAUUCGGUCACGGCCUACUGGGAGGCUGCUUUGGCUUCUACUACGCAAGAGCAAGAGUAUUUCGGUCCGCACUUUGCUGCCAAUUUCAGUGCUGCAUCUGCAGAUGCGGAUCAUGGUGCUGAUUUCUACUACAACUUUGCUGAAGCGAUGCCAAGUGAUGAUGAACCUAUUGGUGCCACAAGUGACUUCACUGCACUACUGCCAGAGGGCGAUGUUGUAUUGGAAGAAGAAUCACUUGAUGAUGAUGCAGUUGAAGAAGAGGCUGAUGCAUCAGAAUACUACAAGGUAGUAGAAGAGCUUGGUGUUGAAACAUCAGAAGAAGCCCCAGGUAGCAAUGGUGCCAGUUUCUUGGAGGAGCAGUUGAACAUCCACGACGCUGACUUGAGUGCACAGGCAGAGGUUGAUGCUGUAAUGGAAGAAGAAUCAAUUGAUGCUGCGGUACCAGAGGAGCUUGAUCUUGAAAUGUCAGAGGAAGCUCCUGAUAACUAUGGUGAAGAGAUGGCAUCCUUCAGUCAGAAUUCGGACAUCCCCUCUGAACCUAUUGUAGAGCCAGAGCAAGAUGUUGAGACUGAUGAGUCCCAGGACGAUCACACUAAUGGCAAGGACGAGGGUGAGGAGGUGCAUCGUGGUCUGAAGCCGGAUUCGAGUAUGUGGCCAAGCUACUUGGACAAAAUCUCAAAGCCUGCAGCAGGUGUUGCUCUUCUUGUUGUCAUUCUGUCAGCUGGCAUUGCUGUCUUUUCUAUGAGGAAGAAGCAAACACAGGUUGUAUCAACUUCCAGUGCACCAGUUGAGGAACCUGAGCAGCCUGCCAGUGCACUAUCUGGGGAACCUGAGCAGGCUGAACAUCAUUCUGUUGAGGAUCACCACCUUGUCAAGCCUUCACAGUCUGUUUCAGGGAGCAGCGAGGGCCACGUUGUGAGGCCUUCACAGUUUCAGAGUUCCAUGGCAGAAGAAACUGAAAGAUUUGGCGAUUCUGUUUCUCAGUAUAGCAGCAGCUUGUCUUCUGGCCAAGGCAGGAGGAGGAAGACCAUAGAGGAAGAGAACCUCACUCUUGAGCCAGCAUCCAGGAGAGAAUCCACAACACAUUCCACAUCAUCCUAUGGUAGUUUCACUACCUUUGAGAAGAUCUCUGCCAAAAAAAAGAAUAAGGACGACGAGGCGAUGACCCCAGUCCGACGUUCCAGCAGGUUGCGGACUGUUAAAUCACCGGAGGCGCAGGCUUAGUGCUCUAACUACUUUGUAGGGGACGUAACUCGUAGAGGCACUUCAGCUUCCUGCUCAGUUCCACCUUCGUGUUGGACAGAAGUAUACGAUAAAUGACAGCUUUCUGCUGUUAUUUUCUACAAAAUAGGAUUAGGAUUUGUGUUUCCAGUUUGAAAUUGCUUAAAAUUGCAUAAGUGAUUGUACACUCUUGUGUUGUUCUGUAUUUGAGA